CACUCCUUCCUUCCUCCAAAACAACAACACUGGCGACGAUGGCGCGGCGUACUGCUGUGUUUGUGUUUGCGGCGAUCGUGGCUGUGGCUGUGUUGAGUGGCAGUGCGGCUGCCAACUUCACCUGCCCUCCCCCUGGCUUCUCCCCCUUCAGCUGUCCCUCGCUGGAGCGUCCACCGGAGCCUCAGGAUGUGCUGCACUUGAAGCCAGGCAACAUCGCGGCCGUCAUGGCCCUCGGUGACUCUAUCACGGCGGGAUUUGCCAUGCAGGACGGCCCAUUGGAGUACCGUGGCACGGUAUACUCCACUGGCGGCGAUGACGGCGCCUUCACCAUCGGCAACUUCCUCUCCCACUACAACCCGGACAUCAAGGGCCGCGCCAAGGGUGAGACCAUUCCCCUCACAAAGGCAGGCAAGGGCCUCAACUUUGCCGUGAGCGAAGCCCGUGUGCGGGAUGUCCCUGGCCAGAUUCAGCGCCUCUCUGCCAAGCUCAACUCCUCCGAGUACGCCGACGUCAAGGACAAGUGGAAGCUCCUCACCAUCUUCAUUGGCGCGAACGACAUCUGCGAGUGCAAGAGCAUGACUGCAGAUCAGUUCCGCACACAGCUGACCGAGGCGCUCACCAUGGUUCACCAGACAUUCCCCAAGACCUUUGUCAACAUCAUGACCAUCUUCAACAUCUCCAACGUGUGGGACGUGAAGAAGGACCGGCUGUACUGCCAGGCCGCCGUGCCCAUUCUGCACGAGUGCAGCUGCCUCGAGGCAAACGCGACCAACCGCCAGCGCAUGGACGAUCUUGGCAUGGCCGUCAACCAGGUCACACGUGAGGUGGCUGCGAAGUUUGCGGCCCUGAAGGACCCGCACUUCACGGUUGUUGUUCAGCCAGCUGUUGAGGACGUUGCCCUUGACAAGUACCCGCCGUCCAUUGUGCAGGAUCUGCUGUCCGACUUGGACUGCUUCCACCCGAGUCUGUGCACGGAUCAGGGCUUUGCUGUUGGCGUGUGGAACAACAUGUUCACGCCCCCAAGCCAGAAGAAGAACAACAUUGACCCCCUCAAGCCUCCAAAGGCAUAUUGCCCAACCGCCAACGACUACAUCCAGUAGCCGCUGCGCUCCUCCUUGGGGGAAACCCCACCAAACACGCACGCACACACGCACGCACACUCAUUCAGCGCGUGCGCACGUUGUGGCUCUUCGCACCAUGUUCCUUGCUCGCCUUCUUGCAGUGUGUGAUGUUCCUCCCCCCCCCCCGGUCCACCGCAUCGGCCUUUUGUGCCGACUCUGACUUGCACGUUUCACAACUCCUGCUUCGAUUUACAAUCACGUCACGCUCGUCAAACACUCUCCACAUCUCUUCUCCAGUUCCAAAGCACUUGUCGCACACACACCUGUUCGACUCCCAUUACAGUCCGUGAAAAAAAUGUUGGAACAAGCGUUUAUGGACCGCCACUCAACGAGUGGCUCACGUCAGAAAAGAAGGAAAAA